CUACCACUCGACGCUCUAUCCUAGUUCAUAUCAUGAUUUCUACCCAUUACGGAGUGUACCGGCCGUAGCCCAUAAUGAAAGAUCGUAUUCGACCUCCUAGAUGAUUAGCAAUUACUGGCGUGUUUGUACCUCAAUAGCAUCGACACCAUAUCCAACAUCUUCGCCGUAACCUUUGUCGAUGUUGAAUCAAAGUUCGGGAAAAGAAAUUGUGAUCAUCAGACCACUCAGUGUUUCCCUUACACGGAUAUACGAGUCAAUCUUUGACAUCAAUAUUCCUAGCUAGAUUGUGGGAUGCCGUUUCAUCCCUGGUUGCCUGUCGUCGAUAGUGCCUCAACAUAUACCUGGUACCUUAAAAAUUCUUUGUCCCGCUCGUCUGCCAGUUCCUGGUAUCCCUAACCCAGGGACUAGCAAUUCAGGAGAGGCAGGUUGAUUCCGAAUCUUGGAGGAUUCAGGAUCUAAGUCGAGAGCUUCUAUGGUCGACCAACCAAGUCGUUACGACUAUGCUCAUUGUGGAUGGAUCUCCCACCAGCGUCUGGUGUGAAGUUUACGCAACGGCCCCUGUCGAUACAGAUCUAAGCUCUUGGUCAUUCUCGAACUACAACUGCCUCAACAAUGACUGGUCGAUCUCUUGGGGGUAUCAACCCGGAAAUGAUGCUGCAGUUAUGACUGUGGUCUCUCCUGAAAAAGACAAGCGUGCCUUCUUCGGAUUCGAUCACAUUAAUACACAGGCCCAUCUUGGAAAUGCUGGUCCAAGCCAAGUUGAAGUGGUCUAGUUUUCAGAGGAUGAAUGUUACGGGAUGCCUUAGCGGGGACUCAUCCCAUUGCUAGUUUUUGCUUCUUAUCAUUCAUUCACUGUCGAUCAUCUCUUAUUCUCUCUAAUUCCCUGAGAAUAUGAAGUAUGGCCAUAUCAUAAUUAUUUGUGGGUCAUGGUGUGUGGGAAAAGGGGUUGGAAUAAGGUACCUUUAUAUAGGUAUUCAUCUUUGUCGUCAAUGAACAAUUAUUCGUACUAGGACUAUAACCAAAUCUCUACUUGAUUCGAUGGAUUUCAAAUGGCUAAAAGGA